AUGGAUAGAAGUUCUGAUGACGAGUCAGAGGUCAGUGAGUCUGAGAUUGAGGUCUAUUCUGAGAAACCUUACGAGCAACUCAAGAAAGGUUUGCACAAGGUUAAGGUGAAGGAUGGCAUAUUCAGGUGCCCUUUUUGCUCAGGGAAGAAGAAGCAACAUUACAAGUACAAGGAGCUGCUUGCUCAUGCGUCUGGUGUUGCUAAAGGAUCUGCGAGCAGAAAUGCUAAACAAAAGGCUAAUCACUUGGCUUUGGCCAAGUACAUGAACAACGAGCUUGCUGGUGAUGCUGAAGUCCCACUACGAAUUACCGCGUCCUCGUCAAAGCAGCCUCAAGAAGAUGCGAGUGAUAUUUAUGUCUGGCCUUGGAUGGGGAUUGUCAUCAAUCCAUUGAGAAGCAAUGAUGAUAAGAAUUUGCUCCUUGGUUCAGCUUAUUGGUUGAAGAAGCUCGCUAGAUUUGAGCCUCUUGAGGUUAAAACCCUAUGGAUUGAGCAGGAUUCGUUAGUUGCCGUCAUUGCUAAGUUUAACAAGCGUAUGAGUGGGUUCAAGAGUGUCACAGAGCUUGAGAAGGAAUAUGAGAUUAAGCGAUGCGGCAAAAAAGACUGGAGUGAUAAAACAGGAGGCUGGAGGUCCAAGAAUUAUGGUUGGUGCGCACGUGCAGAUGACUACAACUCUCAAGGGUCGAUAGCAGAGUACUUGUCCAGUGAAGGGAAACUGAGAAGUUUCUCUGAAAUCUCCAAAGAGGAAGCGCAGAAUACGAAUCUUGUGGUGGAAGAGCUAGCAAAUAAAAUUGCUAUGACGAAUGAGGAUCUGAACAAGGUCCAGUACAAGUACAACGAGAAGGCGAUCUCUCUGCACAAGGUUCUCUUAGAGAAAGAAGAGCUUGACCGAGCUUAUAAAGAAGAAACAAAAAGGAUGCAGGAGUUGUCGCGGCGUAAUGUCAACAGAAUCUUAGAAGAAAAAGAUAGGCUGAGCAAUGAACUGGAGUCUAAAAUGACAAAACUGAAAAAUUGGUCCAAAGAAUUGGACAAGAAGGAAGCACUAACUGAACUGGAGAGACAAAAGCUUGAUGAAGAAAAGAAGAAGAACGAUGCCUUGAACUGCUCCCUCCAAUUAGCUACAGUGGAGCAGAAAAAUACAGAUGAUCGUGUCUUGAGACUUGUGGAAGAACACAAGAGGCAGAAAGAGGAGACUUUGAACAAGAUCCUUCAGCUUGAGAAGGACUUAAACAACAAGCAGAAACUUCAAAUGGAGAUUCAAGAGCUGACAGGAAAGCUGCAAGUCAUGAAGCAUGGGGAGGAUGAAGAUGACGAGGACGUUAAGAAGAGAAUGAAGGAUAUGAUCGAAGAGCUGGAGGAGAAGCGUUCUGAGUUACAAGAUAUGGAGGAGAUGAACUCGGCACUCAUGAUAAAAGAACGUGAAAGCAAUGAUGAGAUACAAGAAGCUCGCGGAGAAUUGAUUACGGGAUUGAGAGAUAUGUUGAAUGAUCGUACCAUCAUCCAAGUAAAGCGGAUGGGAGAACUAAAUGAAAAGCCCUUCAUGAAGGCGUGCAAGCAGAAAUUCAGUGGCGAAGAAGCUGAGGUGCAGUAUGCAAUGCUUUGCUCGAAAUGGCAGGAAAACCUCAAGGAUUCAGCAUGGUACCCAUACAAACGCGUGGGGAAUGAAGACAAUAUGAAGUUAGUGGUGGAUGAAGAAGAUGAGCAACUUAAGAAUCUGAGAGAAGAGUGGGGAGAAGAGGUGAUGAACGCAGUGAAGACAGCGCUUGAGGAGCUUAAUGAGUAUAAUGCAAGUGGUCGCUACUCAGUUCCGGAACUGUGGAAUUCCAAACGAGGAGGAAAAGCCACACUGAAAGAAGUGAUCGAGUACAUGACACAGCACAUCAAAACUCUAACUGUCAAACGCAAACGAACCUAA